CGGGAUGUGACUCGACCCCGGAUUUGAAGCACACAAGUCACACGAUGACCACUGUCCACCAUCCUCUCUCUAGCCUUGGGCCCCUUCACCCGGCUCAGGCACCCACCAUCACCCCCGCAGCCCCCAUUGCUGAGCGCAUCCGCAUCGCCGUCCACGAUCCGCACGACCACGAAGCCCCCGCCAUCCUACACCGACCACGCAGUUACAACGCCCGCGAAGUCCGCGGUGCAGCCGUAAUCCUCAUCAGUGGAGCAGGAGGUGGAGUGAGCGGUCCUUCAGGAAUCUACCCUUCCCUUGCCGACAAACUCACCCUUCACCUUUCCAUCCCGGUUAUGCGCCUCGACUAUCGCGAGCCAGCCAGAACCCGCUACUGCACCGCCGAUGUCGUCGCCGCAAUGGACUAUCUCACCCAGCAGUAUCAGUCCACCCGCUUCGUCCUGGUGGGAUGGUCCUUCGGUGGCAGUCCGUGCUUCACCGUCGCCGCACGGGAGCCUGAGCGCGUCGUGGGCGUGGCGACGGUCGCGUCGCAGACGGCCAUGACCUCGGGGAUCUCGAAGCUCAGUCCCCGGUCACUAUUGCUGCUGCAUGGGACCGGAGAUACCGUGCUUUCGGUCAGGUGUUCGGCGGCGCUGUACGGGCAGUAUGGUUCGGAGGAGGGUAGUCGGGAGCUGAAGACGUUUCCUGGGGAUGAUCAUGGAUUAAGUCAGAAUGCGGAGGAGGCAGAGCGGUUGAUCCUGACAUUUGCGGGGAAGACGUUGGGGUUUCACGACCAGUUGAGGGGGGUUGGUGGUGGAGAUGGAGGACUGGGGAGGAGCUGGGCCGGGGGGUGGAAGGAGAGGUUGCAUUCGAUGCAGGAGGGGAGAGAUCUGGAGAACGGGGAGGCUGUAAAUUAGAGCCUGGCCGGAACUUGUAGACAAAUUGUU